AUGGUGGGACUCGGGAUAGGGGCUAGGCUGUCGGCUCUGCGCCAUCCAGCUAUCUGCUUCAAGACCAUUCGACAGCCUUCUCCAAGUUUUGGCCCAUGCACCCGACGACAGCUCUCGACCUCUCGAUCAUUUCAAGAGCGUCUAGGGAAAAUCACUCCGAAGCGGAUAGCCAUACCGUUAGGCAGUAGUCCAGGGAUAGUGUCAGACGGCACAGGUCCAUCGUUAUCGAUAUGGCGACCUAUCAUCUUCUGUCUCGUUUUGGGUGGCGGAGCCUACGCUGGAGCGGCAAUAUACACCAAUGCCGAGACUGAUACGUGGGCUAGGAGGCUAGGAGACGGUGCAUGGUGGAGACGAGGUACGAGUGGUAGAGCGUCGGAUUCAGAAAUCUUCCGAGCGAAAAGGCUAGACCAGGCAAAGGAAGCUCAACAGACCAUCAACACCAUUACUAGCAAUAUCACUUUCUUACCCAAAUUUCUCCAAACGAUCAUCCUCCGCACUAGUGUCAUGAUUCUCGAAGGAGAGCUAAAUACCCCGCCAGCGACUCUGGUCCCACUUGAAAUUAUCGGUACUAUGGCGUUCAUCACGCUCGCUUGGAGAGGUCGUCGGACAGAAGGGUUCAUGCGCCGUUGGUUCCUUCAUCGACCCGUGGUUUUUUCCACCAGUGCCAAGAAGAAAUGGCAAGAAAGUAUCACGUUAUUUACGAGCAUACUGUCUCAUCAAACACUCCCUCACCUCGCUUUCAAUUGCCUCGCACUGUAUUCCUUUGGGGGUGCAGCGUACUCUUUCCUCUCGGCUCCUCCACCAGGCACCACGCCACUCCUCUCAUCGACCUACACACCUCAUUUCCUAGCUUUCCUCCUCGCUGCUGGUCUCACUUCCUCGCUCGCCUCACAUCUAUGGACCAACCUCUUCCGACUUCCAAGACUUCUUCGUGCCCUCGCUAACCCCGCUCGUAUAUCUUCGCCUCAGGCUCUAGCAGCACACGAAGCUAUUCUUCCAUCCCUCGGAGCCAGUGGUGCCAUCUACGCCGCAGUGACAUUGACAGCUUGCGCGUAUCCUAACUCAGGAGUAUCUCUCAUCUUCUUCCCCUUCUUCGCGAUUCCCAUUGGGAUGGGUGUCGGGGGAAUGGUCAUGCUGGAUGUCAUUGGUCUCAUCAGGGGAUGGAAGAUGUUUGACCAUGUCGCCCAUCUGGGAGGGGCGCUAUUUGGCGUGAUAUACUACAGUUACGGUAGACAGGCGUGGGUCUGGGUCAGGCGGACAUUGGGUGGGGAGCGAAAGCCUGUGACCGCAUAG